AUGCUAACAGACUAUCCCGAGGGAGUCACUGCAGUUCCAGUUCUUGUCUUCUCCAACACAACUGCUUGGAGCCAGCGGCAGCGCUGGAGCCCAGCGGGCCGAGCUGCGGGCAGGGGCAUCUGGCAGCGCAGGACGGGCGGGAGCGGCUCCCGCAGCCCCGCGGAGGCUCCGGACCCGCUCCAGGGCCGGGCAGGAAGUCCCGGAGCGGCCACUGCCGCCAGCUCCCCCGGGGAAUCCCGGGAUGCGGAGCUGCGGCGCGGUACCCGCGCUCCGGCCGGGACAGGCACAGCGCAGCGAGCCCGGGAACGGACACGACAGCGAACAAAACGCCAAGAGCCCUCAGCGCCGCGGCUGCGACUUCACGGGGAGACACUGCCGGAGUCCCCGGUGCACCGGGGCUUCAGGUGUGCGCAGUCCCGAGGCAGCGCGGCGGGCCCGGGCACCGGCGAAGUGAACCCCCCCGGGGGCGGGGGCACCGGCCAGCACCUGCCGGCCCCGCCGCACAGCCCAGCACGGGCGGGCAUGGCGGGGACCACCCCGGCGAGCUCUGCCGGGGCCGUGCCGGCCGGACCCGCCGCCGGGACCCCUCCCGAGAGCCCCUCCCGCCUCCCCGCACAGGCCCAGCGAGCGGCGCUCACCUGCGGGGGCUGGGGCCGGGCCGCCCCGGCCGCGCUCCGCUCCGCGCCCGCUCCCUUCAGCUGCGCGGCGGCGGCGGCCUCGCUCCACGGGCACCUCCGGGCGGGGCGCGGCGGGGCGGGGCCUGGGGCGGGACCGCCCCGGGGGCGGAGCCCUGAUAUGCACACUGUGUAUAUGGGCGGGGCAUCGCAUGCAAAUGAAGCCGAGCCGCGGCUCCACCUCCCUCAGAGGCCGCGCGCUCAUGAAUAA